CGGUGGGCUUCCAGUCCUUUCAAAUUUUAGCUAUUGUAGGGGUACACCACCGCUUUCUUUUCGUUUUUAAACAUCUUUCACGACAUUUAAUACACUUAAAAUGAGCGAUUAUUCUACUCCUUCCUAUGGUCUUGGUGGUGACUCCGGCAACAAGAAGCAAGAAGUAAUGGACCAAGUUCGUUCUGAACUUGCUUUAGCCAAUGCUCAAGAACUUAUCAAUAAAAUUAAUGAAAAAUGCUACUUAAAGUGUGUUCCUAAGCCUGGCGCUCGUCUUGAAUCUGGAGAACAAGCUUGUCUCUCUAAAUGUAUGGAUCGUUAUAUGGAAGCUUGGAACGUUGUUUCUCGUGCCUAUGUUGCUAGACUUCAACGUGAAUCUCAAGGUGGUAGUGGACUUUAAUCACAAGGGAAAACAAUUCUGUCCAAAUUGAUAAAGAGUAAUAUGAAAAAGAGCUUACGUUUUUCAGUUCCAUUAAGGCAAAACAAUCCAAUUUUAGACAUACUGAUAAUCGUAUAGCCAUGUUCUUAAAUCUAAUCUAUUAUAUCACACCCUAUCGACUUUUCCAUUUCUCUUUUCACUCCUAUACAUCACCAUAUACGAAAAGGAGAUGUGUCGCUCUUAUUGUAAAAGUAAAUAAAAAGAAUUUAUGUACAGUUUUGGCAGGUGUAUAUACCUUAA